CCAACUUUCUCCUCUACGCCUGCUAUUUCUUCUUUACUUCUCCUUCCAAUUCUGCCUUGGGUGGGUCCAGAGAAAAAGAAGAACGGACUCGUCGCGACAGCGUCAGCUCCCUGCCACAGGCCAGAGCCGACCAUGUCUUCGUCGCUGCCGUCCUCGGCGCCUCAGCCUUCGACGCCCCCGGGGCAGACCGAGCGCCACACCGACUGGAAGAUCACGACCAAGAUUGCAAAGGCUGAAGCAGAGGGCAGGAUAUGGUGGAGCUUUGAAUUCUUCCCUCCUCGCACCGCGCAGGGUCUCACGAAUCUCUAUGAUCGAAUCGAGCGCAUGUCGCAGCUCGGUCCCGAGUUUGUCGACAUCACCUGGAAUGCCGGCGGGCGGACAUCGGACCUCACUGCACAGCUGGUCAAGACGGUGCACUCCUACGUGGGCCUCGAGACGUGCAUGCAUCUCACCUGCACAAAUAUGCCCAGAGACAAGGUCGAUACAGCUUUGAGAGAGGCCAAGGAGUUUGGCUGCCGCAACAUCCUUGCGCUUCGAGGCGAUCCACCCGCAGGAAGCUCGGAAUGGGAGCCACACGCUGCGGGAUUCACCUACGCCAAGGAGCUCGUCGAAUACAUUCGCAAGGGUUACGGAGACUACUUUGCCAUUGCCGUCGCUGGCUUUCCCGAGGGACACCCCGAAUCAAAGGACGGUCGGGAGCUCGAGAUGGAGAGGCUCAAGGCCAAGAUUGAUGCUGGAGCAGACUUCAUCUUUACGCAGAUGUUCUACGACUUUGGGAUCUUCGAGCGAUGGGUCAAAGACGUCCGGGCCGCUGGCAUCACCUGCCCCAUCGUUCCGGGCGUCAUGCCGAUCCAGACCUACGGCGGUUUCCAGCGUGCCACUGCUCGAUUCCGCACCAUUGUCCCACAAUACUUUCACGAUGCGCUAGACCCGGUCAAGGACGAUGACCAAAAGGUGCGAGAGGUUGGGACCAAGCUGGUGGGCGACAUGUGCCGCAAGAUUGUCGACCGCAACCGCGGACUGGGCAUCAGCGGGCUGCACAUCUACACCAUGAACCUCGAGAGGGGCUCAAGGAUGCUGCUCGAGUACCUCGAGCUGGAGCCGUCGGUGCAGCAGGUCAAGCAUCUGCCUUGGACGCUGAGCCUGACGCCGAAGCGGCGAGACGAGGGCAUUCGGCCCAUCUUCUGGGCAAACCGAGCCAAGAGCUACGUCGAUCGCACAGAGACCUGGGACGAGUUCCCCAAUGGCCGGUGGGGAGACGCCAGGAGUCCUGCCUAUGGCGACGUUGACGCAUACGGUGUCAAGCUUCGAUAUUCGAACGAGGAGGCAUUGGAGCUCUGGGGAGAGCCGAGCUCGUUGCACGACGUCAAGGAACUCUUCAAGAAGUUCUGCCGCGGCGAGGUCAAGGCCUUGCCGUGGAGUGAGACGCCCGUGGCCAAGGAGACGUUCGUCAUUGACGACAAGCUCCAGCAGCUGAACGGCCACGGCUUCCUUACCAUCAACAGCCAGCCGGCCGUCGAUGGAGCGCCGAGCGAUGACCCAGUGCACGGCUGGGGUCCCAAACAUGGCUAUGUCUAUCAGAAGGCCUACCUGGAGUUCUUUGUCGCUCCUUCACAGCUAGAGGGCCUCAUUGCACGCAUCGAGUCCAAUCCCAAGAUGACUUACCACGCCGUCAACGCCAAGGGCGAUAUGCGCACCAACACUACAAGCGAGGCUCCCAACGCAGUCACAUGGGGCUGCUUCCCCCACUGCGAAAUCGUUCAGCCGACCAUUGUCGAGUCGAUCUCAUUCCUGGCAUGGAAGGACGAGGCGUAUGAGAUUGGGCGACACUGGGCCCGCGUCUACGAGCCCAAUUCGACCGCACGCAAGACGCUCGAAGACAUCUUUUCCUCGUACGUCCUUGUCAACGUCGUCCACAAUGACUUCAAAGAUCGCGAAGGCAUCUUUGAGCCCUUCUUGGCAGAGGCGGCGGCGGCAGCAUCAAGCGCGCCAAAGGUGAACGGAUUCGCAUGAUCCCCUCUCCUUUCCUUUUCAUUUUGCGGGCAUCAACUGCACGCUUCGCCCUUCGAGAGGGAGCCUCAACGGUCCUCUCUCUCGUUCCGAACACUUGCUCCUCUCUCUCUUUUCUCAUCCGAGAUACCCUCUCCCUCUGACGGCCCUUCCACAGGGCCGGCUGCUGAAAGCUGCCGGCGCUUAACUCGCUGGCCACUCCAUCUCAACAUCGCAGCACAUCCAUCCUCUGUUCUCUCUCUCCCAUCUGUCAUCUGUUUCAACACACAUCACUCUUGUCAUAGUAUUUUCAACGUAAUGAAUCGGUCUGCGUAUCCUCAACCCUUUGCGAUUCAACUCCUGCGCUGGGUGAGGCGGCGGACGGAGAGCGAUGUCGUCGAGUGCAGAUUGAACUGUCUCGAGGGCAUU